UAACGUUUGCAAUUUUUGGUGUGUUGUUAUUUGCUCAUCGAGGUUUCGCCUUCCCUAUCACAAUGACACCUCGUAGUUGCAUGUGGAGAGGAAUUGAAGAAAAUCAACCUCAAUUUUCCCUACAUCAUUUAGGGUGACACCAAGUGAACGAAGAUGAACACUAUGUUCUUUAACAUCCUUUAAACUUUUUACCAUUCACAAGGAAUAGGUUAUCCUUUUCGUUCCUCUUCGUUCCUUUAUUUGUAAAAAAUUAUAGAACAAAUUAAUUCUUCAUUAAUUUUGAUAAAGAACUAUUAUUUUUCAUUAUUUCUAAAAUUUUAUUCAUAUUCGUUCUUUUCUUAUCUGUUUUUAUUGUUUCUAUGAUAGUUACCAAUCACUCCUUAAUUUUAUUCCUACUCGUUUUUAGCAAACGUUGAUUAUGCACUCAAAAGAUAUAAAUAAAUAAAGUGGGUACAAACGCUAAUUUAAACAAAAAAAGAAAAUAAUACUCCGUAUAUCUGCUUAUACCUAUGAGUCAAUGCUCCAAAGUCAAAACCCUAUACUAAUCCCAAAGUGGUUCUCUUCCAAAAUCGAAACUUUCAAAUGUCCGCCGCCAGAUCAUUUAUCCGCUCCGGCGCCGGCCGAGCAGCCGCGGCAGCAUUUCGUUCGACAAAACCUAUGCCGUCUUCUGCGCGGUCUUCGUUUAAGAUGCCUAAACCGAGCCCACUCUCUCCCCGCGUUUUCAGAUCUCCGGUGGCAUUGAGCUGCUGCGUGGAGACGAUGCUUCCGUACCACACGGCCACUGCUUCUGCCUUGCUCAAUUCCAUGCUCUCUGUUUCUUCAUCUCGCUGCUCCGUUUGGACUCUUGGAGGGAAAGAUGAUAACUGAAGAACAAUCAACAAGAGUGUGUUAUAUCAUUGAUGAUGCAUGAUGGUUUUCAAAUGGAGAGUGGGGGAAUGAAUGCAGUUGAAGGCAAGAUGACGAAGUGUUGUUUUUCUAUUGUAAAGAAUCUUAAGUGACAGCAAACUGAGUCAUGUUUCUUCUUAGGUCAUAAGAUCUGCCUUUUAGCCUUUAAGAGUGUCCUAUACAUUUUGUCAAGGACCGACCAGUUCAAUUCCGGACAUAAGUAAAAGACCACAUAGACCUGAUUCAUGCUUCUUUUUUACUCUAAAAAUUAAAACUUGCAAUUGGCAAGACAA